AUGGGCUCGAUAGCAGGAGCAAACGUUUCAUCUCUUGAGAUAACAACAUUGCCGAAAGAGAGUGGCAAGAAGGCAAAUUUCGGGGCUGUUAUUGACGGUAUUGAUCUCAACAACAUAAGUAAUGAUGAGGUGCAAGCUCUGAAGGAUGCAAUCUGGGUGAAUAAAGUGGUCGUUGUACGGGGCCAGAAAGAUCUCCUGCCAGCUAAGCAAUGGGAAUUAGUCACACGGUUUGAUCCUGAAGCUCCUCAAGUUCACUCUCAUGGUUCUGUCCAGUCAUUUAACAAGUUCGGGGGCCUGCUAUCUAAAAGCCGUGAUGUAAUCGGCAUUCCAGGUGCUGAGAAUGUGCGCCUUAUCGGAAAGGGUUACCAGGGUAGCGACCACUAUGGCAUCAAGAAUAAGACUGUCAAUAAGCCUCUGAGCCAUGAUUGGCAUGCGACUGAACUCCCACAAGAAGAUUUUGAGUGCGGGCACACUCGCUUUCAACGGUGGCAUAUAGACGCGCCAUUGUACGAACGAGACCCAGCAUGGUUCACGACACUUCGUUGCAUCAAGCGGCCGACUUACCCGAAAGUCACUGUGCAUUGGGACGAUGGCUCUGGUCAAACUAUGGAGGUGGAGCCUGGCUUGACAGCAUUCUUCAGUAACGUACAGACAUAUGAGCUCAUGACAACAGACGAGAGAAACGUCGUCGACCACAGUUGGGUUGAGUAUGCGCCACACCCGUACCAGUGGAUGGGCAGCUGCCGCGGCAAUUCCAACGGGCUAGGCGUCGUCUCCGAGGGGCGCGAGAAAGCUCUGGAGGACCUUGGGGAAUGGGACCCAACCAAAGUCAAACGGUACCCGAUGGUCUGGGUUAACCCAGUGACUGGUGAGAAGUCCUUUAUGGUGCACGGGAUCUGCGCCCGCAGACUAUUCCUGAGAGCUUCGGAGAAAGACGAGCCCAAGAUUGUAGACGACGUUGCCGAGAUUCGACGAUGGUUGAAGCCUCUCCAGGAGCGAAUCUUGAAACCAGAGUAUAUCAUUUUGCCGAGCCUUGAGGAAGGCGACAUUGUCAUGUGGGCAAAUUGGCAAUGCUUUCACACUGCUAUUGACUACCCAGACUCAUAUGGCCCUAGGACAAUGCACCAGGCAAAUAUUGGGGCUUCCUCGGCGCCUGUUGGUCCUGUCUCAAUUCCUGUCAUGUCUUGGUAG